AUGCCGGGCAGGAACAAGGCCAAGUACACCUGCAGCUGCCCGGACCUGCAGCCCGGUGCACAGUAGGCCGGCGAGAGCGGCCGGGCUGCCCGCCUGGCAGCAGACGAGUCCGAGGAGGAGGGGGGAGGCCGCCGGGGAGGUCCGCUCAGCAACGUCGAGGACCCUGCCAUCGUCAAGACUCCCAGCGACCCCAAGCAGUACCGGUACAAAUUACGGAAUGGCUUGCAGGCACUUUUGAUUUCAGACCUAAGUAAUACAGAAAACAAAUCUGGGGAGGCAACAGAUGAGGAGGAAGAGGAAGAAGACAAUGAUGAUGAUGACGAAGAUUCAGCAGCUGGACUAGAAGAUGAUGAUGAAAAGGUUGAUGAUGAAGGUGACUUUGAUGAUAAAGAUGAACAUGAUGAUGAUGAUCUUGACACUGAAGAUAAUGAAUUGGAAGAAUUAGAUGAAAGGGCAGAAGAAAAGAAGAAAACUACAGAAAAGCAGCCCGUGGCUGUGCUUUGUGUUGGAAUUGGAAGUUUUGCUGAACCGGAUGACCUCCCUGAGCUGGCACACUUUUUGGAACACGUGGUUUUCAUGGGCAGCCUGAAGUAUCCAGACGAGAAUGGGUUUGAUGCUUUCCUGAAGAAGCAUGGGGGCAGUGACAAUGCCUCAACAGACUGUGAACGCAAGGUCUUCCAGUUUGAUGUCCAGAGGAAAUACUUCAAGGAGGCUCUUGAUAGGUGGGCGCAGUUCUUCAUUCGUCCCCUGAUGAUUAGAGAUGCCAUUGACCGUGAAGUGGAAGCUGUUGAUAGUGAAUAUCAACUUGCAAGACCUUCCAAUGCAAACAGAAAGGAAAUGUUGUUUGGAAGCCUUGCCAGACCUGGGCAUCCCAUGGGGAAAUUCGUUUGGGGGAAUGUGGAGACCCUCAAACAUGAGCCAAAAAGGAACAACAUUGACACCCAUGGCAGACUCCGGGAGUUCUGGCUGCACUGUUACUCUGCGCAUUACAUGACCCUGGUGGUGCAGUCAAAAGAAACACUUGAUACCUUGGAAAAGUGGGUGACCGAAAUCUUCUCCAACAUCCCAAACAAUGGGUUGCCUAAACCAAAUUUUGGCCAUUUACUGGAUCCGUUUGACACACCAGCAUUUAACAAACUGUACAGAGUGCUUCCUAUCAGGAAGGUGCAUGCCUUGACCAUCACGUGGGCCCUUCCUCCCCAGCAACAGCAUUACAGAGUGAAGCUGCUUCAUUACAUCUCCUGGCUAGUGGGACGUGAAGGCAGAGGCAGCAUCCUGUGCUUUCUUAGAAAGAAGUGCUGGGCUCUGGCGUUAUUUGGUGGGAAUGGUGAGACAGGAUUUGAGCAAAAUUCUACAUAUUCAGUGUUCGUAAGUAUUUCUAUUACCUUGACUGAUGAAGGUUAUGGACACUUCAAUGAGGCUCAUACUGUGUUCCAGUAUUUAAAAAUGCUUCAGCAGCUAGGACCUGAUAAAAGAAUUUUUUUAGAGAUUCAGAAAAUUGAGGAUAAUGAAUUUCAUUACCAAGAACAGACAGAUCCAGUUGAGUAUGUGGAAAACAUGUGUGAGAACAUGCAGCUGUACCCCCUGCAGGACUUCCUCAUCGGUGACCAGCUUCCGUUUGAAUAUAAACCAGAGAUUAUUACCGAUGCCCUUAAUCAGCUAAUCCCACAAAAAGCCAACCUCGUCCUACUGUCUGCUGCUAAUGAGGGAAGAUGUGACCUCAGGGAGAAGUGGUUUGGGACUCACUACAGCAUAGAAGAUAUUGAAAAAACAUGGGCUGACCUGUGGAACAGUGACUUUGAAUUAAAUCCAGAUCUGCAUCUUCCUGCUGAAAAUAAAUAUAUAGCCAUGGACUUUGCGCUGAAACCUUUUGAUUGCCCUGAAACGGAAUAUCCCGUCAAGAUUGUGAACACUGCUCAAGAAUGCCUGUGGUACAAGAAAGACAACAAAUUCAAAAUCCCCAAAGCCUACAUCCGCUUCCACCUCAUCUCACCCUUGAUUGACACUGCUUCCAACGUGGUGCUUUUUGACAUCUUCGUGAACAUCCUCACCCACAACCUGGCUGAGCCCACCUACGAAGCAGAUAUGGCCCAGCUGGAGCACAAGCUGGUGGCCGGAGAGCACGGCUUGAUCGUUAGAGUGAAAGGGUUCAACCACAAGCUACCUCUGCUGUUUCAGCUCAUCAUUGACUACUUAGCUGACUUUGAUUCUACUCCGGCUGUCUUUGGGAUGAUAACAGAGCAGCUAAAGAAGACUUACUUCAACAUCCUGAUUAAGCCUGAGACGCUGGCCAAAGACGUGCGACUUUUGAUCUUGGAGUACCCUCGGUGGUCCGUGAUCGACAAGUACCAAGCCCUGCUUCAGGGCUUCACCAUAGAGGCCCUGCUCAACUUUAUGAAGGAGUCCAAAUCCCAGCUCUUUGUGGAGGGCUUGGUGCAAGGUAACUUCACAAGCAAAGAGUCUACAGACUUCCUGAAGUAUGUGGUUGACAAGCUGGAUUUCAAGCCCCUGGAGAAGGGGGUUCAGUUCCGAGUGGUUGAGCUGCCCGGCGCCCACUACCUGUGUAAAGUGAAGGCCCUUAACAAAGGAGAUGCCAACUCAGAAGUCACUGUUUACUAUCAGUCAGGUGCCCGGGGCCUGAAGAAGUACACCCUCGUGGAGCUGCUUGUGAUGCACAUGGAAGAGCCUUGUUUUGACUUCCUUAAAACCAAGCAGACUCUCAGGUGUCACAUCUACCCAACCUGCAGGAAUACAUCGGGGAUUCUGGGCUUCUCCGUCACUGUAGGGACUCAGGCCACCAAGUUCAACUCCGAAAUUGUUGAUAAGAAAAUAGAGGAAUUUCUUUCUUUGUUUGAAGAAAGGAUGGAGAACUUAACAGAAGAUGCUUUUCGUACUCAGGUCAUAGCUCUGAUCAAACUGAAGGAGUCUGAGGACACACACCUUGGAGAGGAGGUAGACCGAAACUGGAAUGAGGUAGACCACCUGGCCCAUGAGAUUCAAGCUCUCAAGUCUUUCUCCAAAGCAGACCUGGUGAACUGGUUCAAGUCUCAUAGAGGAAAUGGCAGCAAAAUAGUCAGUGUGCACGUCGUUGGCUAUGGAAAAUAGGAGACAGAAGAUGAUGGUUCUGCUAGUGAUUCUUCCAAUUCUUCCUUUGAUGAAGUGGCUCAACUGACCUAUUUACCAACCUCACCUCUGCUGGCAGAUUCCACCAUCCCCAUUACUGAUAUCAGGGCUUUCACAUCAACUCUUAACCUUCUCCCCUACCAUAAAAUAGUCAAAUAA